UUGCUCAUUCGAGAACAAGUGAACGAUGCGGGUUGGGGGCAGGUGUGGUAGUUGUCUGUUUUUGUUGUAAAAUCAGUAUGCUGUUAAAUUAUAGUUUUACACGUAGAAAAGAUAGUGUACGGGUGUACAAAGUGUACAUUGUUGAUGUUUGUCAACGGAGGUGCACAAACGGAACGAGUCAACUGGAUUCGAAGAGUGUUUAGUGCCUUUUUUAAAAACUGUAAUUGGACGACAAGAAGGCGUCAUUCAAAUAAUGAAUGUACCCGUGCGACCAGCACCUGCACCACCUGGCAAAGACAGACGAAAGAUUCAGGGAUCAUUUUUCGACUGGGACGAUGGAAAUGAUCCCUUUUUUGGCAGUCAACCAUCUACUUUUGUAUCAAAUCAGCUGACAACGGCCAAGAAGAAGCCACCACCUCGCCCACCACCACCGAAAUUUGAAAAUAAGAAGCAACAAAAACAGGUGUCGUCACAAGGACGUUUUGUCGGGUUGUUCACAAGAUACCAACGUACAAAUACCUCCAACAGGAGCAAGCCUAACAAUCAAAAGAAUCAUGCAACAUCAUUAUCAGGAAGCUGCCGACCAUAUUCUCCCUCGCCUACCAGCCGCUCAAGCAGUGAUGGUGUUAGUGUUAAUAGUUUCGGAAGCGAUGGCUCAUUUUCUAAUAACACAGCAAUUGGCGGUAAUGCUUCAAUAUUUGAAAGUGGUUUUGAAGAAGACUUUGAUUUCUGGCUUUCAACAUCUACAAAGCCACAAGCAAAUGAACAAAAUGAUCCUUGGAAAGUAACACAGCAAGACCCAUUCUCACCACCUCCGCAGACACCGCAACAGAUGGUACAUAGUGCGAGUUUCCCUGUACAGAAGUUGAACACUAGCUCCUGGUUUGAUGAGCUUAGUAAGCCAAUUCCACCAGCUCCUUCUACACUAAAAAGUGCACCCUUGUAUGGGUCAGUGCCGACUAUUAUCCGUCCUAAACCAAAUCGGUCUACACAGCCUCCAAAACUUGUACAAAAUGGAGCAACAGAGAAAAAAUUUCAAAGUCACUCACUGCAGCACGCAUUUUCGGCACUCACAUUGUCUGACACUUCUGUGAAGCUGAACACUCAAGAAACUGAAGAGACCAGUGAUUACGAGGACCAAGAUGACUGGGAACCACCGAUGCCUUCCAUUCCACCACCCCCGCCGCCACCUGAAGUUGUAGAAGAGCUGGCGAAAAUUGCACCACCAGUUCCACCUAAACCACUACCACAGAGUGUCAAUCAAAACAAACCACAUGGCGUAGCUUUGUUUGACUAUGACUCUCCCCAUCCAGAUGAUUUAUCAUUCAAGGAAAAUGAUGUUAUCAUAUUAAAGAGACGUAUAAAUGCUGACUGGUUGUAUGGACAACUUGGACAAAAGGAAGGCAUGUUUCCAUCAAAUUUCAUCAAUGUAAUUGUUCCACUGGAUACUGAGGGUGACUUUCUAGUGAAAGCAUUGUACCAAUUCAUAGGGGAGACAUCAUCUGACUUGGAGUUUCCGGAAGGUGCUUUCAUUAAAGUCCUUAGCCGGAUAUCAGCAGACUGGUUGUAUGGUGAAUACGAGGGAAGGAGAGGUCAAUUUCCAGCAACAUAUGUUGAUCACAUUCCAUCUGGCCUGCCAGACUAUUUUAACUAAUGAUAUUUUUGCUAUUUUAUGUAAUAUACACCACUGAAUUUCAACUUCCAUUUAGAAUGAUCUCAUGUAGGCACGUUGAUAAUCUUCUAUCAAAAUUUAUAGCUUAAUUUUUUGAUGCAGUAUUUGUGAUGAAUGUCACAGGAUCAAAGCUUUAUAGUAUAUGAAGAUCUUCGAUAGUACUGAAAUCUUAAGACAACGAAGUGAUUUAUGUUAGGACUUUUUAGUAGUGUUGCUAAAAAUAUUUAGCUAAUGAUGAGUCUUUAAUGUUUUUACAAGGCGCAUAGAGUAAUUUGCAGGAGAUCUUGUUGGUAAACAGUAACCAAUGGUGCUAAAGAACAUUAUCAUAUCAUGUAUAGUUUCUUUGUUUUGUUAUGAUUAAUAUAUUCUACUAAAUUUAUUCUUAAAUUAUCCUUAUUACUGUAUUGCUGUCAUACAAGUUUUCAAUAUUACUUACUAUAAGCAUUUGGAAUAUACCUGGAAAGCAAGAACUUUACAGUUUUAUCCAUUGUACAUCUUUCACCAAAACUACAGUUGUCGAACAAUUUGUGAGCUUUACAUCAUGUGUAUGAUAUAUCAGUAUUUCAGUUCAAGGUCAUUCAUGCAGUUAAUUUUGUUACUGAAACUAAGAGACUGUCUGGCCAUAACAGGGAUAAAUAUGUUAUUUUUGUACACAAAUCCCUUAAAAUUAUUAUAUUAAACUAUAUAUAAACUUUUUUUAAACAAUAUAAAACUUGUAACAGUGCAUUAUCAAAUUGUGAUAACUUCAUUUGGUAAAAUUAUCUGUAGAUUAAUUAAAACUCCAGAAAAAGAAAUAUAUUUAUGAAUUGUAAUAUAUUUUUGAAAAUUAUUGAUAUUUUUUUGUGUUAUCAUGGCACUUUUGCUACAUAAAGUUUUUGAUUAAUUGUGUGUUUGCCUGAUGAUUGCUGUGAAUUGAGUGACUGUACAAAAAGUGCAAAAAAAAAAAAAAAAAAAGUGCUAUAUUGAUCCUUACAUGUGGAUGAAUGUACAUUUCAGACGUGUGGAACCUAUACAUGUAUAUUCCAGCAAUAUUGGUGAUAUUGUAAGAUGAAUUAAAGGAAAUGUGUUUUGCAAAUUAUUUGGUGAAGGUUAUUAACCAACGAGGCUGUGCAGUUGAUCUGGGGCUGCUAAACUACUCAACUUUUGCUGUCAAACAAGUCACAUCAGUCAUGUAGUAGAAAUCUAUUCCAGUGACAGUUUUUUGUUUUUUUGUUUUUGCUGUUUCUGGUGUGUAUAGUAGCAGUUUUAGCUUUGUUGUAAAGUAUUACUAAUCAUUAAGUUAUUCUAUUGUAUAUAACAUGGUUAAUUGCUCAGUGUCAUAUGUUUGUUGGUAUGAUGAUCAUUAAUGUAAUUCACCUAUCAAACAGUGGAGUCCAGUAUGGAAUAACAGUGUUAUGAAAAGGAUAGAUUGCUACUCAGCACAUAGAGGAAGUGUUGAUUUGCAGGCAGGGACAAUGAAAAUACUGCUGAAAAUUUAAACUUUUGGACCAAAAAGCCCUUCUUCAGAAAUAAAAUACAUACACGUUUUAUAAGCACAACUCGUACACACAAGGCUACUGUCUCUGACUGGCAGUCAUGCCACAGUGGCUGGAGACAGUGGCCGUGUGUGUGUGUGUGUGUGUGUGUGUGUGUGUGUGUGUGUUUUCUGUUUCCAAAGGACUUCUUUGUCCAAAAGCUUAAAUGUUUAAAGUCUUUUCAUUGUGCCUGUCUGCAACUCAAUGACUCCUCUAUGUGGUGAGUAGCAAUCUGUUCCUUUCAUAAUUCAUCUGUCAUUUAGUGAGAAUUCUGAUUUUGUUAAAAAAAUUUAGUUCCUUAUUUGUGAUUUACAGAAAUUUUAUUCACAAUGCAAUAGUUUUUGAAAAUAUUAUUGGCUCCUGCAACAUCAUCAACUAUAUCUGAUUCUGUAAUGGUAAUUGACAUAUAAAAUUAAGCAAUGUUCCAUUUUAUGGGUAUUUUAAAUGUUAUUUAGUUUGCUGCUGUGUGUUAUAAUUUUAUGUUUUCAUGAGAGGAGAAAGGAAUCUGAAAUCCUUCUUAAAUUUGAACUUUAUUCAUACAUUUGACUAUUUAGCAACAGGGCAUCAAAUAUUUGUUUUAUUGUUCUGCAGCAUGAGCCAUUGCUUGUGGUCCCUUGAAGGGAUAUCACAUUACAUGCUAUGUUCCUUACAGCAAACAUUAAUGUUUAUAUGUACAUUUAUUUAGAUUGAUUGUACAGAUGUAUAUUUAUUCUGUAUUUCAUAUAGAGCAAUAAUAUUACUUGUUGGUGCAUUAUUAUAGAUAAUUGAAGCUGUUUCUUACUGUACCUUUUGUAAAAAGAUCUGGUAGCAGAAAUUGUUUGUUCACUUGUGUAAGUGUGACCAUUACAAAUGUUUUACCAGUGUUUUCAUAAUGAACUUUCCUUCAGUGCAAUGUUACCAUUAUCAAAGAGCUGUCUGUGAAGUCCACAUAGUAAAACAUCUGGCCCUUUGUGCUAAUUGCACUGCUGUGAUAGUGUGUCAAAUACAAAGUAAAUUUUGUGUUGUAGUGGGCUGUGUCAGCUUCAACUUUCACUAUGUGCAGUUUAUACAUACAUGAAAAGUUAAAUAUUUCUGCCAAAUAUAUGGAGUGAAGUGGUACACAUACCAGAUGCUAAA